GAUGGCAAAUAAUAUAACUGGAAAGAUAGUCGAUUUGCCCUGUAUACGGCACUUUUGUUUACACGUGCGUGUGAUGUUUAGCAUAUUCGACAGUUUUGGUGCGAAAGUGUAGUUGUGAGUCUACGCGAGAUCCAUGACAUUUAUUUGCUUGUUGUUUUAUUAGUCGUAUUCCCCAUUCUUAGACUGUUUUCAUUGCAAAAAAAAAAUACGGAGAAUGGAAGGUCCUGAAAGAGCUGAUGUCUCAGCGAUGGCUACGGAUCUGGCACGUCUAGUGGAGCUCAUGAUGGACCCAAGCGUGCCUCAGGUGCAGAGGCUCGAUGCAUACACGACCUGUGAACAGUUUAAGGAAACAUCACCGCUGUGUGCACAGUGUGGAUUUUACCUGGCCCGAAACACAGAAGUUUCUCAUAUUGUACGUCACUUUGGAUUACAGCUAAUGGAACACUGUGUGAAGUACCGAUGGAACCAGAUAUCACAACAGGAAAAACUUUUUAUUAAGGAAAAUGCCAUGAAGUUGCUCAUUGGGGGCAUUGAACAACAGCUUCAACAUUAUAACCACAUCAAGGAUGCACUUUCACGAGUGAUUGUGGAAAUGAUAAAAAGAGAAUGGCCACAGCAGUGGCCAACUUUGUUGAAAGAGCUCAGUGAUGCGUGCAGGCAUGGGGAAAGUCAGACUGAAAUGGUCCUCUUUGUUUUUCUGCGGCUUGUUGAAGAUGUGGCUUUGCUGCAGACACUGGAGUCCAAUCAGAGGAGGAAAGACCUGUAUCAAGCGUUAACUACAAACAUGGGUGAUAUAUUUACAUUUUUCUUGAAAUUAACUGUGGAACAUUGCCAAGAAUUUAAAUCACUCACAGAUAGUGGAAAAAUACAAGAAGCGGCAUCUCAUGGAAGAGUUGUGCAGGUAGUUCUCCUCACACUGACGGGAUUUGUGGAAUGGGUGUCAAUAUCUCACAUUAUGGCUGAUAAUGGACGUCUGCUACAAAUACUUUGUCUGCUGCUUGACCAGGAGAGCUUCCAGAAUGCAGCUGCAGAAUGCCUUUUGCAGAUUGUCAACCGCAAAGGACGUGUAGAGGAACGCAAACCCCUUCUGAUACUCUUCAGUGAGGAUGCCAUGAGAUGUAUAUUCAAAGCGGCCGGUGUUACCUCAUGUAAGCCACUGGAUGAACAGCAUUAUAUGUUUCUGAAGAAACUGACACAGGUUCUAACGGGACUGGGCACUCAAUUGUGUGUGCUGUGGGGAAAAGAGGAUGGUGCAAAUGGACGGCCACCAAACUUUUCUUUAUAUCUGGAUGCCAUCCUUACUUUCACCCAGCACCCUAGUCUCACUCUGGCACACUAUGCGAAUAGCCUGUGGAUGUCUUUCUUUAAACACGAGCUCAUCUCAAAGGAUCCAGUUUUCCUCACAUUUGUCCCAAAAUGGGUACAGUCAACUGGCCCCAAAAUUAUAAAGGUUGGGUAUCCUUCCUAUCGCAAUGGCCCAAAUGCUGACAUUGCAGCAUAUUCAUCCCUCGACUUUGAUAGUGACGAGGAGUUUUCUUCCUUCUUUCACCGCUGCAGGUCAGAUAUGUUGGACACCUUUCGGCAGGCAACAAUGGUGGCUCCUCUUGUUACGUUUGGAUUUGUGGAAGAAUGGCUCAAGAUGCGCAUUCAGAAAUCUAAAGAAGAACCAGAAGUGGAAUGCAAUAUUAAUUCACCAACAUUUCUGGAAUGGGAAGCACUGUCUCAGGUUCUUGAGAGCAUUCUGAGCCGAAUACUGGUGUGCCAGGAGAGGCCAAGUGUCAGUUCAGGUCUCCAUCUCUUGGAGUUGUGCUUGGCAUAUGAACCCACAGACCCACUCUUGCUGUCGGCCCUGCUAUCCUGCAUCUCAGCACUGUUUGUAUUUCUGAGCAUGGGUGCACCUGGUGAAGGUGCAGCACUCCUGCCGCGAGUGCUUGACAAAAUAUUUGGAGCCCUAGUUUUUGGUGUGCCAGGUCAGGCUAAGGACAGCCGCAGCCGUGCUGUGAAAAAUGUUCGCCGACAUGCUGCUAGCCUUAUGGUAAAAAUAGGGCAUAAAUAUCCACUGCUGUUGCUACCUGUGUUUGAAAGAAUUCAUGGCACAGUUGAGGGUUUGAAUAACGACCCUUCACAAUUGUCACGUCUAGAGAAGGUGCUGCUACAGGAGGCAUUACUGCUAAUAAGCAAUCAUUUCUGUGAAUAUGAACGUCAGACAAGGUUUGUGGGGGAAAUUAUUGCACCUGGUGUUGAACAGUGGCAUACUUUGGGCCAAGAGGCUUUUAAAGGUCCUAAGGAGUUUAUGGCAUUUGUUGGCCUUGAUCGCCCUCCUGUUGAACCGAGUUGUGAUGAUGUAAAUGGUCAGAACAGAUCACACAUUCUGUUCUGCAUUCAUCUGUUCAUGGCUGUGGUGAAACGAUGCAUGUGGCCAGAGGACCCUGAUCGUGCGGCUCGGGGAGGAUUUGUUGUAGGAUACACAGAAGCCGGAAAUCCAAUAUGUCGGAAUCCUGCUGCCCCCCAUUUAAUUCCCUUACUUCCAAAUUUACUGAUGCUGAUUCGUGUUUUCAACAUGCUGUGGACGCCAGAAGCACUGGCUCUGCUGUCAGAGGGCUACCGAAACGCUCACGCGAUGUUGUCAGUGGAACGAAACAACCUGUUAGGCAUGGGCAGUCCGUGCCCCACGGGCUCAGACUCUGUGCUGGAUCGAACUGCAGCAGGCUCUUGGCAACGUUCGUACACACCUCUGGACCGUAUGCAGCACUUCCUCAGCAAUGUCCAUGAUACUUGUUACCAUAUCCUGGGAUACGCUGGUCCGAGCAUGGGGAGGGACUUCUACAGCUUACGUGGUCUUGCUGGUUCACUUGUUGCCUCUGUUUUUUCAAAUUUGGAGGUUAUACCAGACUACCGCCUGCGUCCCAUGGUGCGCGUUUUCCUGAAAGCAUUUGUCCAUUCCUGCCCUCCAGCAUUCUAUGAUGCAGUUUUGCUACCAGUGCUGGCACACUUCUGUCCAUAUAUGUUUCAGCGUCUCAAUGCAAAGUGGCAGUACAUUACACAGCUGUAUGAAACGGGGAGCAUUGAUGAGGACAAUACAGAUACACAGGAAGUUCUUGAAGACAUGCUGAACCGGAUGUUGACACGUGAAUAUCUGGAAGUUUUGCGUGUAGCUCUUAUAGGUGGUACAACCGAGACUGUAAUGGAGACAAUGGAACAUGAAGAAACAGAACCUACACGCACAUCGUCCUUGCAGACAGAGGUUAUAAGUGAAUUGGGCACAUUGUUGCUACGCACAGAGGCAACUUGCCAGCCUAUCGUGUUGUGUAUAUUUAGGGCCUUGGCAUGGAGUGAUACGAUAUCCAGCCUGAAGGCGACCUUGCUUGUGUUACCAGUAGUGCGGCAGCUCAGCUCUGACAACAGCCUCACGCCACCAGCUGCAAUGCAUGUCAUGACUUCAGUCCUGCAAGGCCUGCAGAUGCACGGCCAACAUGACUCGAAUCAGGGAGCACUCAUAACGCUCGGCCUCCAAGUCUAUGAAGUACUGCGGCCAAAGUUUCCAGAAAUACGCGAGGUAAUGACACAAAUUCCUAACUGUAAUAGUCAAGAGCUCCAAAAGCUUGAUGAUAAAAUAGCUGCUGGCAACCAGAAGGCCAAAAAAGAAGUAUUCAAGAAGAUCACUAAGCAGCUGAUAGGCAGGAGUGUCGCACAGCUGUUUCGCAAGGAGGUCCGAAUUGCAGAUCUUCCCCGAAUGGAACUUCCUCCGAAGCCUAAGAUGAGGGACCUUCUUGAAACUGAAGAUGUUGGUCUUUGUAAGCUUUUUGAUGUUGUUGACUGAAAGAACAUGACACUGCAUUAUUCUUCUCCAAGAAAAUUAAAUUUCAGAGUGAGAGAGAGAAAUCUAAUAAUGCUUGCAAAAAGAAUUGCUAUGCAAUUCUUUGUGUACAGCAGAUAGAGUAGUAUGUAUGUAAGUUUUUAAUGCCAUUAAGGGGCAUUAUAACUGUAUUAUGACAAUAUUAUCUAUACUGCUUCUAUUAUGUUGUGAUCUGCUAGAAAUAUCUAUAGUAACAUGGAAUGUUUUUCUCAUAUGAGUCAAGUCUAGAGAAAACUUACUAAAUAAUAAUGAAAGUAAGUCAUAAAUGCUGUGAAUUUCUGAGUAAGGUUUUUUUUAAUUGCUCUUAGAAGGAAAGUGCGGCGGGAAACACUCGUGGCAGUUGGCUAUUGCUGGAAUUUACUUUAUUUAUUCCAGCUGUUGGGGUAAAAUAUUGCAGUCAUGUACUAUUGUAUGUUUAUUUAUAAAUAACUAAUGAACCAGAUACAUUUGUGAAGAAAGAAAGAUUACAGUGAUGUCAGGUGAAUGCUUGAUAAGAUUUAAUGACCUUUUUUUCUUUUUGGCCGUUUUCAUUGUUUAAUCUCUGGAAGGCAGAGGUAAACUAAUGAUUUUUGAAUGAAACUUCACUACUAUUGUAAAAUAAUUUAGGUUGUUGGUUGUAAUCUUGUUUCUAGAUGAAAAUGAACUUAUUGAGGUCAUUUUAGGUAUCAGCAAACUGCAUUAAAAGAUACUGUGUAAUGUAGCAGUGUUACUGAUUCAUUUUUUUCCUUCUUCCUCUUUGCUACCUCUGUUUCUGUUAUUGUUUCUUUGCCCUGCUGAGAUUGUAUUUGCCAGUGUUCCAUUGGACUUAUGUAAGUUUUUUUGUUAUCAAAUGUAUAUGGAAAAAGAUCUACAUACAAAAAUGUCAAUUUCAA